AUGUCGGAACUGUUCAGGGAUAUCCCAGAGUUCAUAGAGACAUCCAUUGGCGAAUCUGUAGCGGCGAGAACGGAAACGCUAGCCUCAUUUCGCGAGCUGGGUCCACCCGACUUGUGCCAAGUGGUCAAGUCUACUGGCACCAAGGGAGCUCUGAAAUCUCUUGGAUCCUAUCACUAUUGCUCUGGCGUCGAAGCCUCAUCCUCCGCGUCCUUGGCAGCUUAUCUAAACUCGCUACAGUUCUCAGUGGAGGAGUCGCAAGCGUGGUUUGGAAAAGGCGCAGGAUGGCACGUUAGCAGCGGCGUGUACUGCUGCUUCAACGCAUUCUCUCGGGUGGAUGUACGGGUAGACGUCAAGAUUCCGGGAGGCGUGGAUGCUUAUAUAGUGGAUCUUCGCGGUGAGAGGCAUCCGGCCACUCCCGAAAUAUGGCAAGAGACGUAUCUCUCGGCGAUACUGCGCGCAAUCUGCUAUGCCGACGAUGCCUCGUACCGUCUCGCCGGAUUCCGCAAGCUCGACCCCAUCACCUCGCUCGCCUCUGAGACGCGGUUCCUCCAAGCAGCCGAGGCUUUGUUUGACAAGGGCUGGCAGCUGGGAUCUGAUCCAGAGAUCCAGGUGGCUACGUCUGUCACAAAUCACCUUACCGCGGCGGUCAUGAAGUACUUUACCGACAACUUUCGGUUGCACCGAGCGACCGCGCUGUUUGAGCGUCUAGCGGAGAAGGACCCAGAGAUUGUCUCUUUGCUGGCAAAGAGCUAUAUGGGGAUGAAUGAGGAGAUCAAAGCGGUCAAAAUUAUACACCAGGCGCUCCAGGCCAAUCCCCUUUCCUAUCCCCUCCUCCACUCCCAAGUCGACUUUCUCCUGGCAAAGCGGAAACCAGACUGGGCACGCCAAGUCGCGCAACAAGCCGUCAACGCCGCUCCGUCCGAGUUUGUCACUUGGGCCAAGUUGACGCAAACCUACAUCGACCUCGGCCAAUUCGACGCCGCCCUCCUCACCCUCAACUCGUGUCCCAUGUUUACCUUUAACGAACGCGACUUGCAUCGUAUGCCUACGCCAGCGCGGACCCACCUGCCAGUCAAAAAGUUCAUCGCCGACUCGGGUAUACUGGACGAGGAGUCGGCACGGGAUAACGAGGCGGAUGUGGCCCUAUUACGUCUCCCGGCGCCGGGAUUGAGGGGGACCUUUGCCAAAGCGUAUUCCCUCUUGACGCUCCUGGUGUCCAAGAUAGGAUGGGAUGAGCUGCUCAAGACCCGGUCGGUGGUCUUUGUCAUGGAGGAGGAGUAUCGGGCGCACAAGCAUACGGCUUCGGUCGACGAUACCGUCCAGGCGCGGUCGGCUACGCCGUCUGAUAUUCCUACUAUAAGGAUAUCCUCGGAAUCAAAUCGUACCCCCAACGUCGUACCGGUCCCACUGGAGAAGCCAGAGACGUCGCAGGGUGAGGUGGAAGCGGGAGACGAUGGGGACGGAAUUUCGGCAUUCUCCAAUAAGCGAUUAUGCGAAAGAUGGCUGGAUAAUCUGUUUUUGGUCUUGUACGAGGAUUUGCGUGUGUACACUAUCUGGCGGGCGGAAAUAUCGCACUUUAAAACCCAACACAUGUCGUAUAAGAAGACCGGCACCGAGUGGGAAAUCCUCGGUGAACUCGCUCUGCGGCUGCACCACAAGGAGGAAGCCAAGGACGCCUUUCAGCGCUGCCUGGAUGCCAAAUUCAGCGCCAAAGCCCUCCUCAAGCUGCUCGAGAUGUACGCCAACGAAGGGGACCUGCAGCGAACGCUCAACGUCGCCAUCCGGCUCACCGCCUACCAUCAUCGGUGGUACAUGGACUCGGCUUAUCCCUCCAUGGUGGCGCACUAUCUAUACAAGAUGGGAAUGGUCCAUGGCCACUCCAAGAUUAGGUAUACGCUCUUGAGUAUGAAUCUACCGGAAGGCAUCUUUGACAUCAUGCAGGGGUACCUGAAUUAUGCGUCGACGUUUGGCGUAGAAGGGUCGGACUUUUAG